AUGUUUUGUGGUUAUAAUUACUUAUGUUUUGUAUUUUAGUACGCAACAUCGUUAUCUCUAUUUUAUUUCUUUCCAACCCUGUGUACCUUUAAUGUCUCAUAUGUUGUCAUGUCUUUGUGUGUGUGUGUACAGGAGACCAGCAUUCAGAUCGCCAUCAAACAGUGUCGGCAGGAGCUCAGUGUCAAGAACAAGGGCAGAUGGAGUUUAGAGAUUCAGAUCAUGAAGAGGUUGACUCAUAUGAAUGUGGUUGCGGCGAGAGAUGUUCCUGAAGAGCUCCAGAAACUGGCCACAAAUGACCUGCCAUUGCUGGCCAUGGAGUUCUGCCAGGGAGGAGACCUACGCAAGGUGGGGCACGUACAACAAAAUGGCCAAAUAUCCAAUAGUGAUGCCAAGGACGCUGUAAAUUAUGAGUGUGAGUUCUUUAGGAACGUCACGAUCUAAUUCUAGGGGGCACGAUCCGAUUCCAAAACGAUUCUUCACCUGCAUUUUUCCUAUGUUUUCUGCUGUAAAUUUACAGCUUUACAUUUUAACCAGUAUUAGAGUUUCUUAGCUUUUGUUUAAUGAUGCAUAGUGCCAAAUUUCUGUCUAAGUAUUUAUUUUAUUAAAGUAUUACAAGCUUUGAAUAAAAAAAAAACAGAUUACAAAGAACAAUUAUGUGGAACAAACAAAUGCGAAAACAACCACUCUGGAUGUACUUUAUCCUUCUAAUUUCAUGUAACAACUCUUUAAUUAUAUGCAAGGCUGAAAGAAAUGAAAACAACUGAUGGAUUAUACACUAACAUGUGCAUUAUUCAGACAAAAGAUGGCGCCACAUAGUCAAAAAUACAAAGCUGACAAAGGAAAACAGCUGAUAGAGUAUACACUAGCCUGCGCAUUAUUCAGACACAAGAUGACGCCAAACAAUCAAAAACACAAAGCUGACAGAACCUAAAACAGCUGGAGUAUACACUAAUCUGCGCAUUAUUCAGACAUAAGAUGACGCCAAACAGUCAAAAACACAACAGAAACUAAAACAGCUGAUGGAGUAUACACUAACCUGCGCAUUAUUCAGACAUAAGAUGGCGCCAAACAGUCAAAAACACAAAGCUGACAGAAACGAAAACAGCUGGAGUAUACACUAACCUGCGCAUU